AUGAGUUUCAAGGACGCUCAGUUAAUAGAAAACACGAGCGAUAUCGAAGGCAGUCGAAGGACUAUAGAAGCGCGAAUUGGAAAUUCGCUUAGGGAUGCACAGUACAAACUCACAAGCAGCGCUGCGCAUGACUUACCAGAAGCCAUGGCCGAUAUUUACAUGGCGCUGACAUCACUGACAGCGUACCUUUCGUUACCUAACGGCUCACCCAAAGCAGCUGCAACGGCAAACCGCAUCGCUAAGCUGUGGCGUACCAUAAUUUAUUAUUACAAGCGCCGAGAGGGACUUGCUCCAGAGAGCACCGCUGGCAGCUCAGCACCUAGCGAGACAGACGCAAUGGAUCACACGCUUUCUCCGCACACAAUGCAGCAGGGUUUUACUACUUAUAAAGACACAGAUGUUAACCUUGAACACUUGCGAGAAGAAUUCCACAAAACGAAGUGUGAGCGCGAUAGCACGGUAAAGGAACUAGAAAGCGUCCGACAAAAGCUUCAAAACUAUGAAGAAAAUUCACAACUAACGGCAAUCCUGCAAAAUGAACACGAAAGAAUACAACAGGAAAAUAGUGCAUUAAAGGCAGCACUACACGAACAUGAAAGGAAACUUCAACGAUCCACAACACAGCUACAACAAUCUCAACUCACACUACAAGAAAAGGAAAUAGAAAUGACAAAAACCAAAGAAGAGUACGAACGACGUUUACGAGAAAUAAAAAUAAAAGAAAAUAAUAUAGACAAAGAAGAACAGGCAGCUUUACGAGAAAACAUAAAGAUACUGCAUCAAACACUAAGAGACAUGAUACAAAAUACGGAAGCCGCAGAAGUCAAACAAGGCACUCUAACUCUCGCAGAUAUUCAAACAAGCCACCAAGAACAAAUAAUAGCAAUGAAACUAACAUUAGCGGCACAGUGCGAAAGGGAACAGGAACUUUCAAACAUCAUUAAGGCAAAAGAGCAGCAACACCAUAAACACAUUGAAAACUUAAAUACGAAAAAACAAAAUGAACAAAAAAAAUAUAAAGAAAAACUUUCAACUCUUGAAAUAGCUAUGGAGGAACAGCGUGUUCGAUACACCCAUGAGGUGGAAUCACUUCGUACUGAAUUACAAAAUGAGCGUGAACGUGUACAGGCGUCUGAGAAAGUUGCACAAGAGAACCAUGAAGGUAUGGAGAAAUUGCAUCGGGAACAACUUUUAGCUCUUGAAAUAGCUAUGGAGGAACAGCGUGUUCGAUACACCCAUGAGGUGGAAUCACUUCGUACUGAAUUACAAAAUGAGCGUGAACGUGUACAGGCGUCUGAGAAAGUUGCACAAGAGAACCAUGAAGGUAUGGAGAAAUUGCAUCGGGAACAACUUUUAGCUCUUGAAAUAGCUAUGGAGGAACAGCGUGUUCGAUACACCCAUGAGGUGGAAUCACUUCGUACUGAAUUACAAAAUGAGCGUGAACGUGUACAGGCGUCUGAGAAAGUUGCACAAGAGAACCAUGAAGGUAUGGAGAAAUUGCAUCGGGAACAACUUUCAACUCUUGAAAUAGCUAUGGAGGAACAGCGUGUUCGAUACACCCAUGAGGUGGAAUCACUUCGUACUGAAUUACAAAAUGAGCGUGAACGUGUACAGGCGUCUGAGAAAGUUGCACAAGAGAACCAUGAAGGUAUGGAGAAAUUGCAUCGGGAACAACUUUUAGCUCUUGAAAUAGCUAUGGAGGAACAGCGUGUUCGAUACACCCAUGAGGUGGAAUCACUUCGUACUGAAUUACAAAAUGAGCGUGAACGUGUACAGGCGUCUGAGAAAGUUGCACAAGAGAACCAUGAAGGUAUGGAGAAAUUGCAUCGGGAACAACUUUUAGCUCUUGAAAUAGCUAUGGAGGAACAGCGUGUUCGAUACACCCAUGAGGUGGAAUCACUUCGUACUGAAUUACAAAAUGAGCGUGAACGUGUACAGGCGUCUGAGAAAGUUGCACAAGAGAACCAUGAAGGUAUGGAGAAAUUGCAUCGGGAACAACUUUUAGCUCUUGAAAUAGCUAUGGAGGAACAGCGUGUUCGAUACACCCAUGAGGUGGAAUCACUUCGUACUGAAUUACAAAAUGAGCGUGAACGUGUACAGGCGUCUGAGAAAGUUGCACAAGAGAACCAUGAAGGUAUGGAGAAAUUGCAUCGGGAACAACUUUUAGCUCUUGAAAUAGCUAUGGAGGAACAGCGUGUUCGAUACACCCAUGAGGUGGAAUCACUUCGUACUGAAUUACAAAAUGAGCGUGAACGUGUACAGGCGUCUGAGAAAGUUGCACAAGAGAACCAUGAAGGUAUGGAGAAAUUGCAUCGGGAACAACUUUUAGCUCUUGAAAUAGCUAUGGAGGAACAGCGUGUUCGAUACACCCAUGAGGUGGAAUCACUUCGUACUGAAUUACAAAAUGAGCGUGAACGUGUACAGGCGUCUGAGAAAGUUGUACAAGAGAACCAUGAAGGUAUGGAGAAAUUGCAUCGGGAACAACUUUUAGCUCUUGAAAUAGCUAUGGAGGAACAGCGUGUUCGAUACACCCAUGAGGUGGAAUCACUUCGUACUGAAUUACAAAAUGAGCGUGAACGUGUACAGGCGUCUGAGAAAGUUGCACAAGAGAACCAUGAAGGUAUGGAGAAAUUGCAUCGGGAACAACUUUUAGCUCUUGAAAUAGCUAUGGAGGAACAGCGUGUUCGAUACACCCAUGAGGUGGAAUCACUUCGUACUGAAUUACAAAAUGAGCGUGAACGUGUACAGGCGUCUGAGAAAGUUGCACAAGAGAACCAUGAAGGUAUGGAGAAAUUGCAUCGGGAACAACUUUCAACUCUUGAAAUAGCUAUGGAGGAACAGCGUGUUCGAUACACCCAUGAGGUGGAAUCACUUCGUACUGAAUUACAAAAUGAGCGUGAACGUGUACAGGCGUCUGAGAAAGUUGCACAAGAGAACCAUGAAGGUAUGGAGAAAUUGCAUCGGGAACAACUUUUAGCUCUUGAAAUAGCUAUGGAGGAACAGCGUGUUCGAUACACCCAUGAGGUGGAAUCACUUCGUACUGAAUUACAAAAUGAGCGUGAACGUGUACAGGCGUCUGAGAAAGUUGCACAAGAGAACCAUGAAGGUAUGGAGAAAUUGCAUCGGGAACAACUUUCAACUCUUGAAAUAGCUAUGGAGGAACAGCGUGUUCGAUACACCCAUGAGGUGGAAUCACUUCGUACUGAAUUACAAAAUGAGCGUGAACGUGUACAGGCGUCUGAGAAAGUUGCACAAGAGAACCAUGAAGGUAUGGAGAAAUUGCAUCGGGAACAACUUUUAGCUCUUGAAAUAGCUAUGGAGGAACAGCGUGUUCGAUACACCCAUGAGGUGGAAUCACUUCGUACUGAAUUACAAAAUGAGCGUGAACGUGUACAGGCGUCUGAGAAAGUUGCACAAGAGAACCAUGAAGGUAUGGAGAAAUUGCAUCGGGAACAACUUUCAACUCUUGAAAUAGCUAUGGAGGAACAGCGUGUUCGAUACACCCAUGAGGUGGAAUCACUUCGUACUGAAUUACAAAAUGAGCGUGAACGUGUACAGGCGUCUGAGAAAGUUGCACAAGAGAACCAUGAAGGUAUGGAGAAAUUGCAUCGGGAACAACUUUUAGCUCUUGAAAUAGCUAUGGAGGAACAGCGUGUUCGAUACACCCAUGAGGUGGAAUCACUUCGUACUGAAUUACAAAAUGAGCGUGAACGUGUACAGGCGUCUGAGAAAGUUGCACAAGAGAACCAUGAAGGUAUGGAGAAAUUGCAUCGGGAACAACUUUUAGCUCUUGAAAUAGCUAUGGAGGAACAGCGUGUUCGAUACACCCAUGAGGUGGAAUCACUUCGUACUGAAUUACAAAAUGAGCGUGAACGUGUACAGGCGUCUGAGAAAGUUGCACAAGAGAACCAUGAAGGUAUGGAGAAAUUGCAUCGGGAACAACUUUUAGCUCUUGAAAUAGCUAUGGAGGAACAGCGUGUUCGAUACACCCAUGAGGUGGAAUCACUUCGUACUGAAUUACAAAAUGAGCGUGAACGUGUACAGGCGUCUGAGAAAGUUGCACAAGAGAACCAUGAAGGUAUGGAGAAAUUGCAUCGGGAACAACUUUCAACUCUUGAAAUAGCUAUGGAGGAACAGCGUGUUCGAUACACCCAUGAGGUGGAAUCACUUCGUACUGAAUUACAAAAUGAGCGUGAACGUGUACAGGCGUCUGAGAAAGUUGCACAAGAGAACCAUGAAGGUAUGGAGAAAUUGCAUCGGGAACAACUUUUAGCUCUUGAAAUAGCCAUGGAGGAACAGCGUGUUCGAUACACCCAUGAGGUGGAAUCACUUCGUACUGAAUUACAAAAUGAGCGUGAACGUGUACAGGCGUCUGAGAAAGUUGCACAAGAGAACCAUGAAGGUAUGGAGAAAUUGCAUCGGGAACAACUUUCAACUCUUGAAAUAGCUAUGGAGGAACAGCGUGUUCGAUACACCCAUGAGGUGGAAUCACUUCGUACUGAAUUACAAAAUGAGCGUGAACGUGUACAGGCGUCUGAGAAAGUUGCACAAGAGAACCAUGAAGGUAUGGAGAAAUUGCAUCGGGAACAACUUUUAGCUCUUGAAAUAGCUAUGGAGGAACAGCGUGUUCGAUACACCCAUGAGGUGGAAUCACUUCGUACUGAAUUACAAAAUGAGCGUGAACGUGUACAGGCGUCUGAGAAAGUUGCACAAGAGAACCAUGAAGGUAUGGAGAAAUUGCAUCGGGAACAACUUUUAGCUCUUGAAAUAGCUAUGGAGGAACAGCGUGUUCGAUACACCCAUGAGGUGGAAUCACUUCGUACUGAAUUACAAAAUGAGCGUGAACGUGUACAGGCGUCUGAGAAAGUUGCACAAGAGAACCAUGAAGGUAUGGAGAAAUUGCAUCGGGAACAACUUUCAACUCUUGAAAUAGCUAUGGAGGAACAGCGUGUUCGAUACACCCAUGAGGUGGAAUCACUUCGUACUGAAUUACAAAAUGAGCGUGAACGUGUACAGGCGUCUGAGAAAGUUGCACAAGAGAACCAUGAAGGUAUGGAGAAAUUGCAUCGGGAACAACUUUCAACUCUUGAAAUAGCUAUGGAGGAACAGCGUGUUCGAUACACCCAUGAGGUGGAAUCACUUCGUACUGAAUUACAAAAUGAGCGUGAACGUGUACAGGCGUCUGAGAAAGUUGCACAAGAGAACCAUGAAGGUAUGGAGAAAUUGCAUCGGGAACAACUUUUAGCUCUUGAAAUAGCUAUGGAGGAACAGCGUGUUCGAUACACCCAUGAGGUGGAAUCACUUCGUACUGAAUUACAAAAUGAGCGUGAACGUGUACAGGCGUCUGAGAAAGUUGUACAAGAGAACCAUGAAGGUAUGGAGAAAUUGCAUCGGGAACAACUUUUAACUCUUGAGAUAGCUAUGGAGGAACAGCGUGUUCGAUACACCCAUGAGGUGGAAUCACUUCGUACUGAAUUACAAAAUGAGCGUGAACGUGUACAGGCGUCUGAGAAAGUUGUACAAGAGAACCAUGAAGGUAUGGAGAAAUUGCAUCGGGAACAACUUUCAACUCUUGAGAUAGCUAUGGAGGAACAGCGUGUUCGAUACACCCAUGAGGUGGAAUCACUUCGUACUGAAUUACAAAAUGAGCGUGAACGUGUACAGGCGUCUGAAAUGUGCGUAACGCGUUUGGUGGAUAUAGGGAAGGAACAGUACUGUUGCGAAGUUGAUGUUGAUGUUGUUGAUAUGUCUCGUCGUUUAUUUGUGGAUGAUAUGAAAAUAUCCUUUUGUUCGGAUGAAGAACAGUUGGUGAAUACUGUUUUUAGUCAGUUUUCUUGUUCUGAUCGUGGCGUUUUCUCUUUGGUUGGUUGCCCUGCUGUGUCGUCUUUUCGUCGUGGUUCUGUUGCGAAGCAACUGCGUGUUGGUGUUCGUAACGUGCUUGACAAGUUGCGUUCGUUUGAAUUUGACGUAUCGGAUGCUGUUGUGCUUUCUCAGCAGCGUAUGUUGUUUAUCCAGAAUGUUACAAAAAAGUUAGGUAUUGUUCCAGGUGCGAAAUUAUCUGUUGAUGAUAAAUUUUAUUCUCCCGUGACGUCGAAAUCUAAAUGCUCUGCGCCCGAGUUGCCGUUUUCCUUUGGACCCUUGAAGGCUCUUUGCGAUGUUGUUGGUGUUGGACUUCAAAGAGCGAUUUCAUUUACAGCUGUAUGGGAUGAAGAGAGCAGGCGGCUGGUUGAGGUCGUUGAAGCGCUACGCCACAAUAUCUUGGUAGUGGCGUCUCUUUGCUCGUGGUAUUCCCAACGCUUCGAUGCUUGGGGGAAACUGACGGGUUUCACUGUUGCAAAGUUAACUGUAGCUUUGCAGAAACUUCAGUACUGCUUGCUGAGGUCGUUACCCCUUAACGUUUGUGACGCUCCCAUUUUUGAGGCGUGUUUCCUCCUUGUGAACGACUCAAGGAAGACGCUUUGUGGUAUCGGUCAGAAGCUUACAGCCACUGCUGAUACUCCAUUGAGCUCAUCCUGUUCAGUAGAUGGUGGGGCUGGCAUUGCUUCUUCGGUACUUCUUAGUAAAUAUCGUAAACAGCAAGAAGUCAGGCCUCCAGUUACGUUGGACGCUGCAACUUUACCGCAGCUACCGUUUUUAUUAUCCAGUAGAGAUGGGGAAGAUGUUUCCACACCGAUUAAGUCCCGCGAUAACGCAACAGUGAAUGGUCGCAGCGACGAAAAGUUUGAUGGCUAUACUAAUCCAUUUGGCGUGACACCCAGCGGUUGCGGGGCUAAAUUUGGCCCCGUUGAAGAAGGUACCACUGUAGAAGCUGCUGCGGAAGGACGGCAAGGGCCGUUCAAGAAGAAGCAACGGCGCGAGUUGAGACUUAAAUUCAUAGGAUAA